AUGGCGCGCACGGCCCCUGUGGAACCCCCGCUGCGGCAUCCCUCGCCCCCCUCGCCAGCCGCGGGAGAGCCCCGCGCCUCGGUGGAGGCGGCGGCGGCCCCGCGGAGGGUGCUGUUCGCCGACGAGGCCCUGGGGCUGCCGCUGGCGCAGCUGCGCCGCUACCGGCCGUGGGGCGGGCCCGGGGCGGGCAAGAUGGCGGCGGCGACCGGGCAAGAUGGCGGCGGCGGCGGCGGCGGUGGCGGCAGCGGGGCUGACGAGGACGACGAUGGCGAGGAUGGGGAUGAAGGGGAGGAGGAAGAGGAGACCUGUUCCGAACCCUCGCCGCUGUGCCCCGUCCCCGCUGGCGGGGGUUUUUACCUGGUGCCCACAUUUUCACUGCCGCCCGCGCCGGGCCGUCUGGAGCGCUUGGGGCGAGUGAUGGUGGAGCUGGAGGCGCUGCUGCCGCCUCCUGGAGCGGUCCCCGGGGGUGCCGGGGUGUGGGUGCCUGGGGGACGCCCGCCGGCGCUGCGCGGUUUGGUACGCGUGCUGAACCGCUCCUUCGAGAAGGCGGUGCACGUGCGGGCCUCACACGACGGCUGGGCUUCUUUCUGCGACCACCCAGCACGCUACGUCCCGCGCAGCCCACCUUGGGCCGGAGCAGGAGGAGCAGGAGCAGGAGAUCCUAUCCUGGAUCCGGGGCUCAGCCUGGGACCCGGGCAGGCAACUGCCUCCUCGCCCGACGACGGCGGCCGAACCGACCGCUUUGCCUUCCAGCUGCCCUUUGCUGAGGGCGCGGGCGAUGGGGCACGCCUCGACUUCGUGGUGCGCUAUGAGACCCCCGAGGGCACUUUCUGGGCCAACAACCACGGCCGCAACUACACAGUCCUGCUCCGGAUCGCACCCGCUCCCACACCCACUGAUGCCGAAGGGCUGCCCCAGCAGCAGCAGCAGCAGCAGCUGGAGCCACAGCCCGAGUGCCAGGGUCCCGUGGAGGCAGAGGCCAAGCAGCUGAAGAGCUGCAUGAAGCCGGUGAGGCGCAGGCCUGUCGAAGAGGAGCUGAGGAUGAAGAGCACAGAUGAUAGUAGCCCUGCUGUGGCAGAGUGUCCCAAUGUUCAAGAGUCAGUCGGUCCACUAGUGGCUCCCACCCCUCUCCGUCCGUGGCCGCAGAUGACACUGCAGGUUUCUGAAGUCACCAUGGCCAGCAGCCUCCCAGAACAAGGUGAUAUCCCCAGAAGCAGUCCGCCUGUGGCUUUUACCGAGGUCCCCCAGGCACCAGCCAUCCGGAUCCCUCCUGCCUCCCCUCUCUGUGGCUUGAGCAGCUCACCCAGGGACCAAGCCUCGGGGCCCGAUGCAAGUGAGGGGGCCACCAGCCCUUUCCUGGAGCCUGGCCAGCAACAGGUGGAAGCCAUGUGGGAAGUGUCCAGUGAAAACGGAGGGGAUCGGAAGGGCCCCACAGCAGAGGCUCUUAUGGAUGAGCCCUCCGGGGGGCUGGAGGCGGUGAGUGGGUUGGAGGAGCUGCUUGGAGAGGACACCAUCGAUCAGGAGUUAGAGCAGCUCUACCUAUCUCACCUGAGUCGCCUGCGGGCUGCUGUGGCUGCAGGUGGGGCAGCGGGUGGCGGGGAGGGUCCCACCGAUGGGGCCACAUCCCCCAGCCAGCCCCUGGGCAUCCUCACAGACCGUGACCUGAUCUUGAAGUGGCCUGGCCCGGAGCGGGCCCUGAACAGUGCCCUGGCUGAAGAGAUCACGCUACACUACGCCCGCCUGGGGCGUGGCGUGGAGCUCAUCAAGGACACAGAGGACGCUGAUGAUGAUGGGGAAGGUGACGAGGGACUCCCCAUCACACCCACCAGCCCUGAAGGGGACAGCCCCAAGGAAUCGCCUCCAGAAAUCCUGUCUGGGGCCCGUUCAGUGGUAGCCACCAUGGGAGAUGUGUGGCUCCCGUGGGUGGACAGAUCGGGGUAUGACAGCUCUGCAGUCCUGGGUACAGAGGAUCAAUUCACUGGAGAGGCAGAGAAAGGGAUGGGCCAGGAAAGUGACUCUUUGCACAGCACCAGGGGGAUAGCUGGGGUGACCCGGUCCCCAGGGGAAGCUGGGACACGGGGCAUAACAGAGGUCCCCAAUGAGUGGGCAGGUGGCUUGGUUCCUUUACCUGGCAGGGAGCCUGCUGCCCUGGCCUUUCUGCGGAGGCAAAAUCCCAGCCCCUUUGGGCCUUUGCGGGCUCAAGUCUAUCUGUCUGAUGUGGUCAGGCCUCCAGUGAGCAGCCAGGAUGAAGAGGGUGCAGGCUCAAACCUGGAGUCCUCAAAGAGCUCCCAUACCCUAGCAGCCCCUACAGAGUAUGUGUGUUUAGUGCCUCCCCAGCUCCGGGGUCCCUUGACUCAGACUCUGGGAGUCCUGGCCGGACUGGUGGUGGUCCCUGUGGCUCUGAACAGUGGUGUAUCCCUCCUGGUGCUUGUGCUGUGCCUCUCUCUGGCCUGGUUCUCGUAGGAGCUGCUUGUGGGAUCAGCAAUAACAGGCGCCCCGCUCCCCCCCAACUCUGGGUUCUGGGGAGGAGCAGCCCCUACACCACUCCAGAGGGAUGAGAUGGGACCUGUGGCCUGCACAGUUAGGGGGACCUCAGCCAUUUGCUUCUGAAAAUGCUUGACUGGAAAGAGGCCUUCCUGCCCUGGCCCAGAGCUCUCCACCGGGCACGGGCUCCUGCUGUGAGGCUAAAGGAGAGGAACCUGGGGCUGGUGGAUGGUAUGAGUGAGAACUUCUAGAAUGGAACUGGGCAUGUUCCCCCCUGCUCCCUGCCAACCUCCCCCCUGCCCUGCCCUGCCCACCUCCCCCUCCCAAGCCUGUAUUUAUUUUUGUAUAAUUCUCUGGAUGAGGGAGAGUGGUCGUGAGCUGGUCUUGGGGCACAAUUACCCAGAGAUAUAUUUAUUAACAGCCAAUCUGUGCAACCUGCUGGAGCUUUAUUUUUAAUUUAAUUUAUAUAGAGUACCUAUUAUUAUAUGCCACAAUAGAGCUCUAUGAGAAAUGAUGUGUCUUGCUGUGCAGUGGUCUCCUAUCGGGCCUGAGUGUGCAAGGUGAUCAUGUUCGGUGGUGGUGGGGAGGACCAUGGUGGGCGGGGCGGGGGGCGUGGUCACGCUUGCUGCUGCUGCUGCUGCUGUUGCUGCUUCAAUAUGUCCUCGGGGAUCUGUAUCUCUUCACCUCAUGGUCCUAAUACAUGUGGUCCUUU